AUGUCGACUACUGCAGCAGAUGAACAGAAAUCUCAAGCAUUACAACAAGAAUACAAUAGAUUCAAAGAAUUAAUUAGUGAGUUAGAAUCACAAUUAUCAAGUGUAACAGCACAAUUACAAGAACAUGGAAUUGUUGAUAAUACAUUAUCUUCAAUAGAACCAGAAAAGAGAACAGGUAGAAAAUGUUUUAAGAUGAUUGGUGGAGUGUUGGUGGAGAAAUCAGUUGAUGAAGUGAUAAACAUUUUAACUGAAGAAAUAAAUACAUUAAAAGAUCAACGAUCAAAAUUGGAUGAACAAUUAACCAAGAAUAGAAAGGAAUUGGAAAGUUGGAUGAAGAAGCAUAAUGUUAAAGUUGUUCAAGGAAAUCAAUAG